GCCUUUCUCAUGGAUCUCAACCCGCUGCUGAUGAGACAGCUGGUGAAGACGGGCGUCUACAGUGCGGUGCAUGUCUACGACUUCCAGGGAAUGUGCAAGUACACGGAGGACACGGUAGCCGCCGCCACUUCUCUACAGUUCCAAAACCCCGUGACACUUCUGCUCAACGUGUUAGCCUGGUUCUGGCGUGAGAUGACGCUACUACUGCUGGAACACAGUCUGUACAGCUGGUGGCUCAGACGCCUCGUCUACUCAGCCCAUGGUUCCACGUUGUUUGCUAACUGGGACAGACACUACACGCCGUGCCACAAGCAGGUGACACUCUACAAUGUCAACUGGGCCGUCCUGCAGACGGCAGCCGGGCAGACUGUCACGAGCGACUACUGUGACGGCUGGAACUGCGUGAGUUACUACAACGUGGUUCACGUCGAUAGGACGAAUCUCAUGAUGCUCACGCUCAAUAAACACUGCCGCGGAUGCGCCGACACCGACGACGACUAUAACUCACAAAACGGCUCGCUAGAUGGCGUUCAGAUAGAUUACACGGAAAAUCGGUGCCGACGUUUUCGGCAGGACGUCUACCGCAGGCGCCCCCUAAAAUGUUUCUCCAGACAUCCCAACGAGAAACCUGUAAGUUGUGCCGCGGCGUCUGGCCCGGUAGAGCUCUCCACCGCUCUGGGAAUCUGCUGCCUGCUCUACAGCUUGGCGUUGGCAUGGCGACCGCGAUUGCGAGUCAGAUGACAUGCGGGAAUCGUAGACUGAUGCUUUUCUCGGAUGUUUGGAACGUUCUCAGAUGGAUUGAGCAGAUGAUCACGCGCAGACGUCGUGCGGGAGGCUUGCCUACAAAGCGUGCAACCACACUGUGCACGCAGCACACGGACAACGUGAACGUGAACUAGUAGUCACGGUGAACUACAGCCAAAGGAUUAUAGAGUAGAAUUAAUUCAUAUUAUCCUGGUCUUGCAUCGUGUAUGUAUGUAUAUAUGUGCCUUCUGCUCACACAUAAUGCCUUUUACAAGAGCGGUCGGAUAAAAAGAGAGAGAUAAUGGUGGCAUUUAUAUCAUAACCUUGUCAUCCUGGGUAUUUUUGUAUUGGACCUAGGUGCCGUCGAUUAUAUAUGUAUAGAAGGCAUUGCGUCUAGAACAGCAGACACAUUCUGAUGUCUUUGCUUUGACAAGUUUGUAAACAUUUGUAUACAUUAUUGAAUCAUAAUGCAUGCCUGUCUGUCGGUCUAUUUCUAUAACUGUGUCUUUAUUGCCUAUAUAUGCCUAAAUUGUUCAAUUCCCUUUCGCAUUAUCUAUAAUUAUUGAAUAGGCAUAUAUUUGAGGAUUUAUCGAUCUUACAGAUCGCAAUAUUGCGAUGAAGUGCUAUAUUGAUCUUGUGUGAUUCGAACGUGUUAUAUACA